GCAGUUAAUAAUAAAUAAAUAAUUCAUCACAAUAAACGAGCGUGUCAGUCUUAUAGAAGUUCGUACGUAUGUCGCACGCGUUGUCCGCCAUUAUUUACGCCUGCGUUUUGCUCGCGAAUUCCGCGACUGAGCCGGCGCCCCCUAGACGUUCGCAAACCAAAGAACUGAAAAUGGUGCAGGAGAAAGUAAUAAUCGUCCGGAGGGUUCCCAACACUUUCUACUAUCCGUACAGCUUGUGGCCUAUGCCCAAGUUUCAAAUCAAAGCUGUUAAACUACUCGAAGCGAAUCCUGAUGUAAAACGCCUUUACGAUGAUCUACUUAGCAACUACAAUCGGUUGAUUCGACCCGUCACUAAUGUCAGUGACAUAUUGACAGUGAGGCUUGGGCUGAAGCUUUCGCAGCUGAUGGAGGUUAACCUGAAAAAUCAGGUCAUGACUACUAACCUUUGGGUGGAGCAGAAAUGGUUUGACUAUAAAUUGCAAUGGAACCCAGACGACUACGGAGGAGUGGAAAUGCUGUACGUACCGUCGGAGCACAUUUGGUUGCCCGACAUCGUGCUCUACAACAACUGGGAUGGUAAUUAUGAAGUAACUUUAAUGACCAAAGCAACCUUGAAGUACACCGGCGAAGUGAACUGGAAGCCGCCAGCGAUCUACAAAUCCUCCUGCGAGAUCAACGUCGAAUACUUUCCAUUUGAUGAACAAACAUGCUUCAUGAAGUUUGGUUCUUGGACCUAUAAUGGAGCUCAGGUUGACCUUAAACAUAUGGACCAGUCUUCCGGAAGCAGUCUAGUUCACGUCGGUAUUGAUCUAAGCGAGUUUUAUUUGUCAGUCGAGUGGGAUAUACUUGAAGUACCGGCUACGAGGAACGAAGAGUACUACCCUUGUUGCCCCGAGCCUUUUUCUGACAUAACAUUCAAACUGACGAUGCGCAGAAAAACAUUGUUCUAUACCGUCAACCUGAUUAUACCCUGUGUGGGUUUGACGUUUUUGACCGUCUUAGUUUUCUAUCUACCCUCGGAUUCGGGUGAGAAGAUAUCAUUAAGCAUCUCGAUCCUGGUGUCAUUGACGGUGUUUUUCCUGCUCCUUGCCGAGAUAAUACCGCCCACAUCGCUGGCGAUACCACUUUUAGGAAAAUAUUUGCUGUUCACAAUGAUCUUGGUGUCGCUAAGCGUUUGGAUGACUGUCUGCGUGCUAAACGUGCAUUUUAGGUCUCCGUCAACGCACACAAUGUCGCCGUGGAUGAAGAAGUUAUUCCUUCAGCUGAUGCCCAAACUCUUGAUGAUGAGGAGGACGAAGUACUCGCUUCCAGACUACGAUGACACGUUCGUAUCUAAUGGAUACACCAACGAAUUGGAAAUGAGUCGAGAUAGUUUGACUGACGCUUUCGGAGAUUCGAAAUGUGACAACGGAGAUUACCGCAAGUCUCCUGCUCCUGAAGACGACAUGAUGGGAGCCAGCGCACACCAGAGACCUUCAGUAACCGAAUCUGAGAAUAUGCUGCCUCGCCAUUUGUCGCCUGAAGUCGCUGCUGCCCUGAAGAGUGUCAGAUUCAUCGCUCAACACAUUAAAGAUGCUGACAAGGAUAAUGAGGUCAUCGAAGAUUGGAAGUUCAUGUCAAUGGUGCUGGACCGCUUCUUUCUCUGGCUGUUCACCAUAGCUUGUUUUGUGGGAACUUUUGGGAUAAUCUUCCAAUCCCCGUCUCUAUACGACACCAGAGUCCCUGUCGAUCAGCAAAUAUCAUCUAUACCGAUGAAGAAAAACAACUUUUUCUAUCCUAAAGACAUUGAAACUAUUGGAAUUAUUAGUUGAAUUCGAACGGAAGAUAUGUAUUUCAGUCUAUUGAUUAAAUAAAAAAGAUGUGUGGUGUCGUGGGACACCCGAUAGGAACGAAGUUCUUUAUUAUAAAAAUAUUAAUUUUAAGUUCUAUUCGAGGUAUAAAGGAAAUAAAACUGGAGGUUUCGCAACAACCCAUUUAUACACACACACUUCAUUCACGGUUGUUUGCAUAAGAGUCGAGGAGUCGUGGUCAAUAAUUAUAAAAAAAAUGUUAUUUUUUGUACGUUAUUACAAAGUUAAGUCGUACACUGUGUGCAUUACUAAUUACAUUUAUUAACGCUUACGUUACGGACGUUUUUUCUCGGUUAGGGUACCCCUCCGCAUCGUCCCAUAAGGAACUUCGUUCCAAAACUUGUAAAAAAUUAUUAAAAAUUAUUAUUAAAUUAAUAAAUAUAUAAAGAAAAUAAAUGAUUUUGUAACGCAUUCACGCAGAAUAAAAAAUCUUCGAUAAUCUAUAGCGUUAUAUAUAGAUAUAAAAUAAAGUUUUGAAAAAUUUAGAGAUUUUUUCUACGUAAGUCUUUAGAAAUUACAUUAAAAAAGAAAAAUAUAAAAGCUUUGAGAAAAUCGAAAACUAAAGCCAUGAAUAUCGGUGAUUCAUUAUAUUAUGUUAUGAAAAAAUCGUAUUUCUUUAAAAUAUUAUUGAUAUUGAAAUUUGUUUAGACCAUAGACAAAGGUCUAUGGUCUAAACUUCAGUGGUUUAGACUAGCCUAAUUGUCCGUUGUAUAUUAUAAUGUAAAACUGUUUAAUUCACAUCGAAAAAACUUUUUGUUUUUCCGUAGUUUAAUUAAAUCGCAACAAAGAAUAUUUAAUAUAAUUAAAAGUUCUGCUCAAUAUGUUUUAAAUGUAGCAUAGUUCUUAUGAGGAUCGUUUCUUCAUCGUUUUUGUUGUUGUUGUUUUAAUGGUAGGACCUCUUAGGAGUCCGCACGGGUAGGUACCACCACCCCGCCUAUUUCCGCCGUGAAGCAGUAAUGCGUUUCGGUUCGAAGGGUGGGGCAGCCGUUGUAACUAUACUGAGACCUUAGAACUUAUAUCUCGAGGUGGGUGGCGCAUUUACGUUGUAGAUGUCUAUGGGCUCCAGUAACCACUUAACACCAGGUGGGCUGUGAGCUCGUCCAUCCAUCUAAGCAAUAAAAAAAAUUAAUUAUCUGUAUAAUAGAUUUCAAUGUGGUUGUUAGGAGCGUAUUGAGAUAGGAUAGGUAAUUUAGAUGAUUUUUUUCAUUUAACGCCGUUAACGAAUCAGAAGUCAAUGAGUGGUUCUUUGUAAAUAGUGUUGACAAAAAAAAUAAUGAAACACAAUAUAAUGAAUGAUAGCCAUUGAAAAAAUGUAAAUUGAUAUAAUUAAAUUAAUAAUAAUUUAAGUAUAAGUAUGUCAUUGAAAUAUUAAUAAGUUUACGUUCUGAAUUUAGUGCAACUUGUUUUCAAGUAUUAUUUAAUUAUAAAAACUAGCAAAUAUAAUUUGAUGGCUGUGAACUGUUUGUUAUUAUGUUUUUAAAACUUUUAUAUUUGCUUUUAAGUAAAAUAAAAAAAGAAGGUAAUUGAAUAAAUGAAUUUAUCUUGAUAAAUUAGCGUUAAUAAAGAAAUUUGAAGUUUUCA